CUGGUCUUAUCUCUCCCUGCAAAAGUUCAGAGUCCUGACCUGAUUCCAUUUGAAAGCUCCACUCACAGUCUCACAAACACAGACUUAUGGCUCUCCAAGCAGCUUCUCUACUUCCUCAUAGCAUCUCCAUCCGCAAAAAUGGAAAGUCCAAUGCUUCACUCAGAGAGACUACUUUUUCCGGGAUAUCAACUUCAAACCACCCAGCAGGUGAAUUCAGCAAUUACUUGAUAAGGAGCAAGGAAUUCAGGAGAAGAGAACUACCUCUUGGCGCCAUAAGAGCCCAAACAGCUACUGUAGAUCCAGCUAUUGACCAGACUACAACAGAAGGAAAGAAAACUGCGAGGAAAGGCAAUGUGAUAAUCACUGGAGCCUCCUCUGGCCUGGGUCUUGCCACAGCCAAGGCACUAGCCGAGACGGGAGAAUGGCACGUAAUUAUGGCAUGCAGAAACUUUCUCAAGGCUGAGAGGGCAGCUAAAUCCUUUGGCAUUACCAAAGAAAACUAUACUGUGUUGCAUCUUGACCUUGCCUCCCUCGACAGUGUUCGACAAUUCGUUGAUAACUUCCAUCGUUUAGGUAGACCACUUGAUGUGCUGGUUUGCAAUGCUGCUGUGUACCAGCCAACAGCAAAGGAGCCAUCUUUCACUGCUGAAGGGUUUGAACUGAGUGUUGGGACCAAUCACCUUGGUCAUUUUCUCCUUGCGCGGCUGCUGCUUGAUGACAUGAAGCAGUCUGACUACCAGUCCAAGCGUCUCAUCAUUGUUGGCUCCAUCACAGGAAAUACAAAUACAUUGGCCGGAAACGUUCCCCCUAAGGCUAACCUUGGAGAUCUGAGAGGUCUUGCUGCUGGCUUGGCUGGGCUUAACAGCUCAUCCAUGAUAGAUGGGGGAGAGUUUGAUGGUGCCAAGGCCUACAAAGACAGUAAAGUAUGCAACAUGCUCACAAUGCAAGAGUUUCACAGGCGCUACCAUGAGGAGACGGGUAUUGCCUUUGCUUCUCUCUAUCCUGGAUGCAUCGCUACCACAGGUUUGUUCAGGGAGCACAUUCCUUUAUUCCGACUUCUGUUCCCGCCUUUCCAAAAGUACAUUACCAAAGGUUACGUUUCAGAAGAGGAAGCUGGGAAAAGACUCGCACAGGUUGCGAGUGAUCCAAGCCUUACAAAAUCAGGGGUUUACUGGAGCUGGAACAAGAACUCUGCUUCUUUUGAAAACCAGCUUUCUAAAGAAGCGAGUGAUGCAGAGAAAGCACGGCGGUUGUGGGAGAUAAGUGAGAAGCUUGUUGGCUUGGCUUAAAUGAAUGCAAACAGGAGAGUAGAGCAGCCAAAAAGAUGCACUUUUGUGAACAAAUACACAUUAAAUUAUGCAUCUAAUGCAGAACGAUAAAAGGUUCUAGGAUGUUUAGUCG